UACACGUGAAGAAUGUGAGGUCGCGGAGCACUAAAUUAGCGCCUGGAGGAAGAAUGUUCCUGGGGAUGAAAGAGUAACGGAAAACUGGUGGAGGAGAAAAGGAGCAAUUGUAGGGUUCUUUCAUCGACUCUUCUAAGAGGUCCGUGGGGUUUGGAGUGUCUGAGUCCAAUCUUGCAAGGUGAUCAUGGAUGUUCAGACUCAUGAGGUUAUCCCUACUAACCCUCGGGUUAAAGUCACACUUCGGCUUGAAUCAGAAAAAUAUUCUGUAAACAGGAACGGUGGCAGUAUCUCUGAGCAAUUACUUUCAGUGAAAGAGGAAACCAUGAACAUACUCAAGGAUUUUAUCACCAAGCAUAACGUUCCAAAUGAUGUGCCUGAUGAGUUAGUUGAUAGUUCUUCAGAAGAUGAGGAAGCCCAAGAGAAGCCUCAUGCGAAGUCAAAGAAAACUAAAUUAACUUGAUACUUGGGAUAGAUCAGCUUUUGGAGCUUUACACUUCUUGUUUUUCAGUAAGAAUGUUGUACGCUUUGCUGGUUUGCUUUAUCAUAGUUUCUACUAGAGGAAACUAAUGGUUUUUAUGCCUGGCAAGCUGAAUUGGGAUUGAAAUUGAAUGUUAGGCUGUGCUGGUUUUAUUCUGAGUGUGACUAUC